CUCCGGGGCUGCUGUGGCCCGGAUGUCGGGGCGUUCCAGCCGCAUCCGCUGACCCCGGAGCGACUCCAGGGAAGCCUGCGAGCGCCUCAUGGCUGUCGAUAUUCAACCAGCCUGCCUUGGACUUUACUGCGGGAAGACCCUGUUAUUUAAAAACGGCUCAACUGAAAUAUACGGAGAAUGUGGGGUGUGCCCAAGAGGACAGAGGACAGACGCCCAGAAGCUCUGUCAGCCCUGCACGGAGUCCCCGGAGCUGUACGACUGGCUGUAUCUGGGCUUCAUGGCCAUGCUCCCUCUUGUGUUACACUGGUUCUUCAUUGAGUGGUACUCGGGGAAGAAGAGCUCCAGUGCGCUUUUCCAACACGUCACGGCCUUAUUCGAGUGCACCAUGGCGGCUCUCAUCACCCUGCUUCUGAGCGACCCAGUUGGGGUUCUUAACAUCCGUUCCUGUCGCGUGCUGAUGCUUUCGGAUUGGUACACGAUGCUGUACAACCCGAGCCCCGACUACAUCACCACGGUGCACUGCACCCACGAAGCCGUCUACCCGCUAUACACCAUUGUGUUUAUUUACUAUGCGUUCUGCCUGGUGUUCAUGAUGCUGCUGCGCCCUCUGCUGGUGAAGAAGAUCGCCUGUGGGUUAGGGAAGUCCGACCGGUUUAAGAGCAUCUACGCCGCUCUGUACUUCUUCCCGAUUCUCACAGUGCUGCAGGCGGUCGGCGGAGGCCUGUUAUAUUAUGCCUUCCCGUUCAUUAUAUUAGUGUUAUCCUUGGUUACCCUGGCUGUGUACAUGUCGGCUUCGGAAAUAGAGAGCUGCUACGACCUUCUGGUCAGGAAGAAAAGACUGCUCGUUCUCUUCAGCCACUGGCUGCUCCACGCCUACGGAAUAAUCUCCAUCUCCAGGGUGGAGAAGCUCGAGCAAGACCUGCCCCUCCUGGCCUUGGUGCCCACACCUGCCCUCUUUUACUUAUUCACGGCCAAAUUCACAGAGCCUUCACGGAUACUCUCAGAGGGAGCCAACGGACACUGAACGUAGAAUGCCAAAAACGAAGAAGCUCUCGAUUUACAGAACCGUGAAGACGUGUUAGUGUCAGCACCGCUCCGUCCUGCUUGGAGCGAGAUGCUCGCUGUGUGCUGUCUCCUCUCAGCAGACGCUGUGGUCGGGACACAGAGUGCGCAGUGCUCUGACCUGGCACAGCCUCCCCUGUGGUCGGGACACAGAGUGUGCAGUGCCCCAUGACCUGGCACAGCCUCCCCUGUGGUCGGGACACAGCCUGCGCAGUGUCCUGACCUGGCACAGCCUCCCCUGUGGUCGGGACACAGAGUGCACAGUGCUCUGACCUGGCACAGCCUCCCCUGUGGUCGGGACACAGCGUGCGCAGUGCUCUGACCUGGCACAGCCUCCCCUGUGGUCGGGACACAGAGUGCACAGUGCUCUGACCUGGCACAGCCUCCCCUGUGGUCGGGACACAGCCUGCGCAGUGCUCUGACCUGGCACAGCCUCCCCUGUGGUCGGGACACAGCCUGCGCAGUGCUCUGACCUGGCACAGCCUCCCCUGUGGUCGGGACACAGAGUGCGCAGUGCUCUGACUGGCACAGCCUCCCCUGUGGUCGGGACACAGCGUGCGCAGUGUCCUGACCUGGCACAGCCUCCCCUGUGGUCGGGACACAGAGUGCGCAGUGCUCUGACCUGGCACAGCCUCCCCUGUGGUCGGGACACAGAGUGCGCAGUGCCCCAUGACCUGGCACAGCCUCCCCUGUGGUCGGGACACAGCCUGCGCAGUGCUCUGACUGGCACAGCUCCCCUGUGGUCGGGACACAGAGUGCGCAGUGCUCUGACUGGCACAGCCUCCCCUGUGGUCGGGACACAGCCUGCGCAGUGCUCUGACCUGGCACAGCCUCCCCUGUGGUCGGGACACAGAGUGCGCAGUGCUCUGACCUGGCACAGCCUCCCCUGUAGUCAGGACACAGAGUGCGCAGUGCUCUGACCUGGCACAGCCUCCCCUAUGGUUGGGACACAGCGUGCGCAGUGCUCUGACCUGGCACAGCCUCCCCUGUGGUCGGGACACAGAGUGCGCAGUGCCCCAUGACCUGGCACAGCCUCCCCUGUGGUCGGGACACAGCGUGCGCAGUGCUCCGUGACCUGGCACAGCCUCCAGGACACCAGAGAGCUGCAGAAGCUCCUGCGUCUCAGCAUUCAGCCGUUCUCAGAGCAAAACCACUGUCCUGUGUGCCUGGGGCGUGCUGUCCCAUUCCAUAAGGAGGCCUAGCAAGUGUGAUCUGAGACCCUGGGCAGUGGUCAUGUGCGUGCCUGUUAUAUGUCAUCUCCUUCCACUCUGUGAUAAGUUCAAGGACAAACAUACUUGUGGGCUCUGAUGGCAAACAGGAAUACAGUGUGCAGCUUUUCGUUAUCUAUUUAUUUUCACCAGUACAGUGUUCUGAUUAUAUCACAAAAUAGAACAUAAUUUAUACAACAGGUUUUCUGUUUGCGGAUGCUGUGGUGGAAGACGUGUUGAGAUGAUUGUUCCUGUAAAGAAAACAGUAACAGAGUUUAGCUACAAUAAUUCUCAAAUAUACUGGCAUUUUUUGACACACUAAGUAAUUCAGAAUGUAAACUUUAAAGAAAUGUAUUCAUUCCCAAAUGAAUAAAUACAUAUAUCCACAUAUUUGUUUCUCAUAACUCAUUUUUAUAUACACACACAUACACAUGACAGAUGCUGCCAUGUUUUAUUGGUCCUUAAGAGCUGUUUUUUCACAUGGUGACAUCUCUGAAUUAGGAUGCAUCUUACUGUUGAUGGCUCCUUAGAUUUAAGGAAAUUUAAAAUACAUACAGCACAUGAGCUGUUCCCUGUGGUCGGCUGUUGGGAAGUGUGCUGUGAUGUUUACCUUCUGAAGGCUUCAGAAGACUCGUGCUCACAGUCAUGGGAGCAAAAUCAAACAUUUUAGCAUUAACCUAAUCUUCUGACCAUGUUUAUCCGUUUGUACCAUGUAGAAGGUUCUCCUGGUUCUGCUGCGUGGUAGGGUUGGGAGAGUGAGUUAAACCUCACAUUUUAAGACUGGCAUUAAAGUUCCAGUACAUGAAAGCAAGUGCACUCACUUCUCCUGUAGCUUUGUUUCUGCCUCUGGGGUUCACGACCGCUGGGUCCUAGAGUUACCUUGUCAGGUGGUCUUCGCUAAUGCCUUUUUCCUGAUACAUUUUGCAUGUGGGAACUGAACUUUCUUGGUACUCCUCUGAUCCUUUUCUGUAGGAAUAAAAAUAAAAUGUCAAAUUUUUUUGUUAUUUCCUACAGGUUUGGGUGUUUAUUAGAGUUCAUUAAAAUUCUGAG